GCUAUGUUCCCACACACUUUGCUUGUGCCCACAUGCUUGUAUGCUGUGGUGUUAGGCUUUCAACCAAGAUUACAGAGUGCAAGUCUGAGUCUGUGUCUCUGUCUCUCUCCUUCUCACAGAGGGCUGUGAAGAGAGGCAGCUAUCUCACAUGUCUCUGUAAUUCUGACUAUGCUGCUCUUGGUAGCACUGGGCAUAGUUUUUUCUUCCACUGUGGUCACCACUGAGAGGGCUGCAAACUCCAACCACAAACCACCGGCACAGCUUCUCAACUACAGCAGGAUCUCCCUGCCGCCAGAGCACGUACCCUACUUCCUCUACAACAACAAGAGGGUCGCCAAGCAAUGUCGCCUGGACCCACUCUGCCCUUUUAAAGAUGCACUGCUGGAUGUGUCUGCCUGUUGGGGUUAUGAGAAGAAUUGUGAUCCAGGGAAGCGCUUCGGCUAUCCAGUCUGUACUAAAGCAGACUCCGGAUGGGCUCGUUCACUGGAGGCAGCCCAGGAGCUUUUCUGGAAGCAGGCUGAUUUUGGCUACGUCAAAGAGCGCCUCUCUGAGCUCAAAACACUCUGCAAGGCCAGCAAGCCUGGACACUCAUCAUUAAGAUGCAGUAGCCACACUAGAUUCUGUAAGGCAACUAACCUUUAUCUGGACUUGCAGAAGCCACGCAGAAGUCAUGAGAGAUACAAGGAGGACUUCAUACAGAAGGGUGAGAUUGGUGGUUUUUGCAGGCUGAACAAGCGAGCGCUUGCUGCGGAGGGAGAGCACAAGAGCCCCUUACAAUCUUGGUAUGCUGAGCUGCAGACGUACACAGAGCUGGACUUUAAUCCCAUAGAGGAUGGACACUGUGAAAUCAUCAUUGAAAAACCCACUGUUUUUAUGAAACUGGAUGCUGGGGUGAAUAUGUACCACCAUUUCUGUGAUUUUGUCAACCUCUACAUCUCCCAGCAUAUUAACAACUCCUUCAGCACAGACAUCAACAUCGUCAUGUGGGACACGAGUUUUUAUAGUUAUGGAGAUCUGUUCAGUGAAACAUGGAAAGCCUUCUCAGAGUAUGACAUCAUCCACCUGAAGACAUAUGACUCGAAAAGAGUGUGUUUCAAAGAUGCCUUCUUCUCCCUCCUUCCAAGAAUGAGAUAUGGCCUCUUUUACAACACGCCUCUCAUCUCAGACUGCUACAGUGAGGGGAUGUUUAGGGCGUUCUCUCAGCAUGUCCUCCAUCGACUGAAUAUCCUGCACCAUGGGCCAAAGGAGGGGCGUGUUCGUGUCACCCUGCUGGCACGCAGCACAGAAUACAGAAGGAUAUUAAAUCAAGUGGAGCUGGUAAAUGCCCUCAAGACUGUGCCAUUACUGGAGGUCAGUGUGGUGGACUACAAAUACAAGGAUGUCCCCUUCCUGGAGCAGUUGAGGAUCACCCACAACUCUGACAUCUUUAUAGGGAUGCAUGGGGCAGGUCUCACACACCUCCUCUUCCUCCCUGACUGGGCUGUCAUCUUUGAGCUAUAUAAUUGUCAGGAUGAGAGCUGCUAUCGAGAUUUGGCUCGGCUGCGGGGCAUUCGAUACGUGACUUGGCAGAAAAUGGACAAAGUGCUCCCACAGGACAAGGGUCACCAUCCCACCCUCGGGGACCAUCCCAAGUUUACCAACUACUCUUUUGAUGUGGGGGAGUUCAUGCGGCUCGUGCUGGAGGCAGCCGAUUACGUCACACACCAUCCCAAAUGGCAGCGGCGAGCACCUCAUGAUGAACUAUAGAGUCUCUGUGAGUGGAAGGGGGGAAUACAAACAUCUGCUGCUGAAGAAUUCUUAACACAAUCCUUGCUUUUGUUAUGAUGAUGAUCAAAAGGCAUCUUGACUCUGGCAAUGUACCUUAGCUAUUUAAAAAAAAAAAAAGAAAAGAAAAGAAAAAAAGUUACCUCAUUCACCAGUGGACAGAAAAUUUGUCACCUCCUGUCUGCUGCUUUGAUAAGUCUGGAUGAGUGAAAGCAGUAUGGCGGACAACUCGGGUUUGAAUAGCUUCCAUCAGCUCUAUUAGUGUCAAAUCAGUUAACGGACAAGGCGAGUGCAGUCGAAGCAUCUGGAGAGCGAUAAGAUGUGUCCUAUGUUUCUUCAUUACCUCCGCUGCGUCUACUUCAUUCCACGCCGACAAAGUUAGCUAAUGAGCAGCUGUUACGGCGUCCCCUCACAUGCGACAUGUUGUCACAUUUGAUCAGUGUCACCUUCAUGCGAGCCUCUUCAGAGCUGUUGACAAUCACACCAGAGUUUCUGAGCACAUCCAGCAUACACCAAUCUCAUAUGAUGUUCAGUAUUCACAUAUUGGAUUUGCGCAUAUAGUUUCAAACUUAGACCUUUUUUACUGUUAGUUUGAUAUAUUGAAAUCAGAAAAUAGGAGACAGAAGGUAAGUGAGACACUCCAAGAGGCUUUUUUUUUCUGUGUCAGUAUUUGUGUUAGGCGUACAUGCUAGUACAUUAACAUUGAAAUGUUUUGAUAUUAUGUAUUGUGAAACAUCCAUUCAAGUAUUUGUUAACAAGACUCCACUGUUUCUCAAAUAAUAAUGACAAUUAUCUUUUGACAUCUGAAUAUCAAAAAAACUGACUUUUUAAUCUGCCGUUUACUAUUGCGGUGUUAUUUAAAGUUUACAUGGUUUUCUUUUACAUUUGACGCAGUUAUUAUUUAAAUGUAUGUGUUGUUGGUUUAGUGGAAUAUCGUUUUGAUACACGUGUCUCUUUUAUUGGAAAUUCCUUUGCACCUAAGCAAAGGAAAUGCGGUAUCAUUGUGGUCAAAUGAUGAGGGUGCUGCUACUGGUUGUUACCUUUCCUAAAGCCUUCUGAAUGCUGUUAGUUUUAUAUUUUACAGUCAAUUAGUCUGAAAAAGAA